CACCACUCUGGCCAGCCGCGCUCGACCGUGACUCGUCAUGGCCAAUCAAGUACUUUGCAGUGUGUGCCUAGAGGUACUGCACAAGCCACGGAUGCUUGAAUGCUGGCAUGCUGUCUGCGCCACAUGCAUCCCUACCCUUGUCCUACUUGAACGUACCCGCCGAACAUACUCCCACCUCUGCUUUGACCACAAUGCCGACCACCAUCACCAUGACCUUGCGUGCGAGGUCGAUGCGGUGACGUGCUUGGCUUGCGGGACACCGUCGUCGAUCAAGGGUUGCGGAGUUGAUGCUUUGCCUGGAAAUGAUGAUCUGGAUGAGGAGCUGGCGGCAAAGCUUGGUCAGGUGCGCAGCGGCGAGCCGCUGGCUUGCGACAGGUGCGCUGCUGCAGGGAAUGCACCUGCAGAGGCCCAGUGCCUGGUCUGCGCUCAAAUUGGCCUGCUCUCGUUUUGCGGCGAGUGCUGGACGAGCCACCAUGCGGAUGGCUCCCCGCUCGCCUCCCACACCAGGAUCGAGCUUGUCUCGCUUGCGCAAGCCGAGUCGGCGUCCGACUCGGCCGACGGCGGCUCCGAGGACGAGGCCCAUGUCGAGUCCCCGGCCCCUCCUCCUGCCGAUGGCGACGAGACGCCGCCGCCUGCGAGCCCGCGGCUUAGCAGCGAGUCGGACGAAGGCACCAGGUUUGCGCUGGCGUCGGCAAUUGCCCAGCGAAGCAGAGCGUGCGAGAUCCACGAUCUGCCGCAGACCCUGUACUGCUCUGCGUGCGAGGCGACCGCCUGCCACAAUUGCGCCAUGCACGGCGCCCAUUCCUCACAUCACUGCCUCCCGCUGGGCGAGACCGCUUCGUUGCUCGCCGACAAACUCACCAGCGCCACCCACGAGCUCCAGACCUGGAUUGCCAGCUCGCGCGAGCUGCUGUACAAGCUCGACGCCGCCAAGACGACGCUCGAGGGACGGGCUGAUAGCCAUGCCGCAGCAUGGUGUGCGCUGGAAGACAAACUUGUCGACGCGCUUCGCGUCAGGCUCGCGAGCCUCCGCCAGCACUCGCUUGGCAACGAAACCGCCCACGAAGCUGCACAGCUUGCUGCUGAGCGCGCGUACUUUGACGCUCGCAUUAAGCUUGCCACCGACGCCGCCGCAGCAGCCAACAGGCUUGUCGAGGGCGGCGGCGACCCGGCUAUCCUCGCUGCUGCCGCGCCAAUGGUGGCCGAGCUGGCGGCGGUGGUGACCGGCGACGGCGUGCCAGCUGCGCCGCACGUUUCGCCGGACACUCUCUUUACCCUCCUCCCGGCAACGGUGGCCAGCUUUGAAGAAGCCAUCUCUCUCCUCGGCGGUGACGACUUUUACUGUCCUCUUUCAUCCGCCUCGCCUGCCACGCCGCCACCCAAGGCCCUGCCCAAGCCGCCGUCGAAGAAGACCAUGCCGUUUGGCUACUUUGCCGACAACAACCUCGACACUGUUCCUCUCGAAGUCUUUGACAACACCCACUGGAAGCGACUCAUCCUUGCCAAGAACUUUCUCACCUCGGUUCCAGAAGAGCUUGCAGGUCUCACCGCGCUCGCAGAGCUCGACCUUACCCAUAACUCCAUCACCCAGCUGCCGCACGCCCUCACCGCGCUCACCAACCUGGCCAAGCUCAAGGUUGGCGGCAAUGAGCUUGACGAGUGGCCGACAGACCUUACUCACCUACCGGCGCUCACCGAGCUCGACAUUGGCUUCAACUCGCUUACGACCGCCCCGCCGCAGCUCGCCUCUUACACUGCGCUUGUCAAGCUCAUUCUCCGGCGCAAUAGCCUUCACCUCCUCCCCGACGGGAUCCACACUAGCUGGGGCUCGCUUGUUGUGCUCGACCUCUCCAAGAACAAGCUAGAGACGCUCGGACAUGCGCUCGACGCACUGCCCAAGCUGACCGAGCUCAACCUGGCCGGUAACAAGCUGGUCAACCUCUCGUCGCACCCGUUGGAGCUGCCGAAUCUCUCACGGCUCGACGUCUCGCACAACACGCUCGACGCGCUGCCGGCAUGGCUCUGGACGCUGCCGGCGCUGCAGUGGCUCGACGCGAGCCACAACUCGAUUGCACAAUGGCCCGAGCCCAAGCUCGGUGUUGCCGCGGCGUCGGCGACGGCGACGCUGUCGUACCUCAACUGCCGUCACAACGCGCUCACCAGCUUGCCGUCACUGGUGCCGCUCGCCACCCACCUCGACUCGAUCAUCGUCUCGCACAACGCACUCACCAUGCUCCCGGAGACGCUCGGUCAGCUGACCUGCCUUGAGACACUCGACGUCGGGUCGAACGACCUCGUCGCGCUCCCGUCCUCGGUCGGCGGGCUCUGCUACCUCGCUGAGCUCAACGUGUUUGGCAAUCGCAUAGCGCGCCUGCCGGAUGAAAUCAGCAUGCUGGCCUCGGGCCUCGUCGUCCUCAGCGUCGGCAACAACCAGUUGACCGAGCUGCCAGACCUCUCCCAGUUCUCUGAGCUUGAGGAGCUUGUAGCAACAGGGAACGCCAUCUCGGCGUUCCCUUUGUUCCUCCUCGAGCUCCCACGGAUCUCGGCCGUGUACCUGGGGCGCAACGCCAUGACCAGCGACGGCAUCUCGCUCGAAGACAUGGAGGCUGCGCUGAGCGGGAGGGUGACGCGGGCAGACAUUUCGUACAACCAACUGAGCGAGGUGCCACCGGCGCUCGCGUCUGCGCUCUGGUGCUGUACCGAGGGUAAUCCCGGGAGCGUGUCAGAGGCCUUUGCUGAUUGGACCGCGGUGGGCAGCGAGUACGACUCGCCGUACGACGCACUGAUGGCCGGCAAGGCGUACGUGACUGGCUCCGAGCGUGCUCGGUUCGAGCUCGGCGUGGCAGAGAUGAUCGGCAAGCGGCCGACAAUGGAGGACGCCUUGACGUGGCAUUGGGCGCUCCCGCAUCCGCGAGUCGACGCGCUCCAAGUCGACUACUUUGGACUCUUUGACGGUCACGCCGGGACGGCGGCGUCAGCAUUUUGCGCCGAGCGACUCCACACCAAUCUUGAGCUGCCGGAGCUCUCCAGCGACGACAGCGAGGCAAGUCAUGCUGCGCUCUGCAGCGCGCUGGUGGCGGCCAUCGAAAAGACCGAGGAGGAGCUGUGUGCGUUUCUUACCUCGGACGCAACGCCCAAGUCAGACUCGCGCGGUGGGACAACGGGCCUGUUUGCGUUUUUUGUCGGCGGCCAGCUCACGGUAGCCAACGUCGGCGACUCGCGGGCAGUCCUUGUCCCCGCAACCUCGUUUGAUGAGAUGGCGGCCGGGGCGGCCGAGAGCAGCAAGCCGCUUUCGCGGUCGAUUGCGUCGAUGCGGCGGUCGGACUCAUCGUCUGCCCUCAAUCGGGUGCGGCGGCGGGUGCGCCGGCUGUCGAUGGACCACAAGCCCACGACGGCUGAGGAGGAGGAGCGGAUUCGCCGGGCGCGGGCGUAUGUGGCCUUCAACGGGCGGGUGAACGGUAACCUUGCGGUAUCGCGGGCAUUUGGCGACUUUCACCUCAAGCCGUAUGUCAUUGCAGCACCGUACUGUGCAGCGCCGGUGGCCUUUAGCUCGGGCGAUGUGCUCAUCAUGGCGUGCGACGGCGUGUGGGACGAGAUCGACGACGCGACGGCGGCGCAUGUUGUGACGCAAGUCUUCCGCGAGACUGGCUCGCUCUCACGGGCAGCCGCAGUCCUCCGCGACAUGGCGUACAACUCGGGCUCGACGGACAACAUCUCUGUCAUUGUCAUUCGAUGCCCGUGAUGCCAAGAGGGAGAGACGAAGAAACACAGUGUGUGUG